AUGGAUGAUUACCGUGUAUUCACUUGUCAAUCCUGUAACUUUGUGAGCGAAGCUCCCGAAUCGGAUGGCUUCUUCUUCUGCAGUAACUGCGGAGAACAAAAUCGAGAAGCUAUCGACACUGGCGCCGAGGAAGAAGCCGCCGGUGGUGUCUACCUCGCCAGUCACCAACGCCGGGCAUCUGCUCAUUCCGAAGGAAUUCAUGUUCUACCCAUCUCACAGUAUGAUCCAUUGUCCCAAUCCACUUUACUUUCGAGCCUUCGGUUAGUUGAUCCCCCGGUUAAAGUAAAACAAGAGAAUGUUGAUCCAUCUCAGUCCCUGUUUGAUGAGGCUAGUCCAUCAACUCCGGCUGAUUUCGGAGGCUCAAAUGUUCCGAGCUCUGAAGAUUACCACAACGAGAUAAGGUUGCGGUAUGUGUUAGGGUUGCAGAUUAUGAUUGAGCUUCAAUGUGAAGCUCUGGUGAAAGAGUUUAAGGUUACUCCUUUAGUAUGCGGCUUGGUUGGACCAAUUUGGUUGCGAUUUGUCUCCAAGACGGGUGUUUUCGACGAAGACUGGGCUAAUAAAGUAAUUGAUGACUCUGAGAUGCAGAAAGAAGGAGAACCAGAAGAUUAUAACUCACGCGGUAAAUACAAAUCAGAACCUCACAAUAUAUUUGGUCAGCGAGCUGUGUUUCUAUGGUUUAGGUCUUUAAAGAAUAGGAUUCCACUAGUUAGCACCAUUGCUGUUUCAUAUUUAGCAUGUCAUAUUGCCAGGGAAGCCAUCAUGCCAUCAGAUAUGAUUAAGUGGGUACAGGAAGGGAAGCUUCCAUAUUUAUCUGCUUUUGUUGAAAUUAAUCGGCGCAUGGGAAAUCCAUCAAGUGCGUGUCCUAUUAGUUCAAGUUAUAUGUUCAGGCCUCACCGAGCUCUUUCGGUACAUAAACUAGAGUCAUAUGCUUCAUCAAUUGCUCAGUUUAUAGGCUUGGAGUUACCUCCUGUUAACUUUUAUGCAUUAGCUUAUCGUUAUCUUGAAAAAUUAUCUCUUCCUGUUGAAAAGAUUCUUCCGUAUGCAUGCCGCAUUUAUGAAUGGUCGAUGCCUCCAGAUUCGUGGUUAUCGUUAUCCAAGGAUUAUUUUCGGCUACCUACUCAUGUUUGUGUUGUAUCGAUUCUGGUAGUAGCAAUAAGGAUUUUGUAUAACAUUAAUGGUUAUGGAGAAUGGGAGAAAAGUUUAUCUCGUAAUGAUAGUGCCAAAGAUUCAGCUAAAAAUCCAGCAGACCAUCAAAAACACAAUUUGGAUUGUGCUGGGCUUCUCCGACACCUUCAUGCAAUAUAUAAUGAGAUUGCAGACACACACGAGUAUUCCAAGGACUUACCUGCAUAUCUCAAAUACUGUAAGGAUGUUGUGUUUGCUGGAGCAGAACCAUCAUUAGGGAAUCAUGAAGAAAAAAAUAUGAUCAAAAACCUAUGGGAACACUAUCAGAAUGAAGAGAAUACUAAAUCCUCUCAUAGCAAUGGCGGUUGCGUUGCAGAUGACUUGCCCGGAAGUUUAAGUGAUACUAACUCCUCCAAGAGUUUGCCAGAUGGAGAAGCCGUUAUUAGACAGUUGAAAUUAGACAUGGAGGAAAACCGAUUUUGUUACAUUCCACCCAAUGUCAAGCGGACAAAACUUGAUUAUGUUCACUAUGUUCGAAAGAAGGAUAAAGGUGCCCUGUCCUAUGUUGCUCAUGCUGAUUAUUACAUUUUGCUUAGGGCUUUUGCUAGAGUUGCAUAUGAUAAUGACAUUCGGAUUUUGCAUAUUGGUGUUUUGAGCCUUGAAAGAAGACUUGUUUGGCUAGAGAAAAAGAUUGGUCAAUGCUUGCAUUUGAAACCUCCUAAUAGUUCUUGUCAAUAUUGUACUCUUAGGCCAACUGAAAAUGGAGCAGAUGAUGGAUCUGAACACAGAACUUGA